AUGUCCGUGGUGGGAGACAACUCGCUGCUAGAGGAACCGCAUGCUGAGCCCAGUGUGCAGGAGACUAAGCAGCCAGUCCCUGCCGAAGCCGAUGCACCAAAGUCCACCCCAGACGAGGUGCAGCCAGAGAAAGCCGAGGUAGAGGCAAAGGAUGACGUCGAGCAGUUCUCCGGACUGCCCAUAGUCAAUCGAACAGUCCCGGCAGACAAGUGGGCCAAUGAAGUCCGGAGGCCCAACAGACGGUAUGUCUCCUUCUCGCAUAUCCCCCUGUACUUCGGCUCUGACAGAACCAAGCUGAGGGUGAAGGAAAACAUCAUCAUCGGGGUUCUCUACUACAAUUCUGCCAAGGAUACUCAAAGGCUGGCAACUGGCGAGCAGUAUCUGCGGUGGCGGUUGACUGACCUCUCACAGCAAUCCCGGCAGAUUGUACUGCAGCUGCGUUGGGGGGCUUACUUGCAUUGGCGACAAGGGAAGCCUGCCACCAUGGCCCGAAGAGGGUCCAUUUUUGCCAUUCUGAACCCCGUCUUGGUUGAGAUUGUGGAGAGCCACCCGGGGGGUCCCAAGGAGGCAGUCAUGAGAGUUGAGAAAGGCUUGCAAGUAGAGAAGCUGGGGGACUGCCCAGCCCUGGGAUCCUGCAAAAAGCAGGGCUGCAGAAAUCCUUGCGAUCUCCGAGAGCGCCAAAGCCAUUGCCGGAUGCACAAGAACAUCGCAUAUGCCGAGAAGAGCGUUCCUCGCAUCAACGGUGGGGGUGGAGUAGAUGCCCGAACGACCGCCUUGUUGAAGAAUCAGCAAAAGAAGUCCAGUCAGAAGGUUGCGCGAGCUUUGAAAGCGGCCCGGUUAGAGUACAACCCCGGAGCCGAGGCCAAAGAGCUCGAAGACAAAGCGCAGAAUGAGAAGUUGACAAAGAUGGAGCUCACCAAAUCCAUUUGUGAACGGCUCUUGGACAACGAUUCGGAUGCGAAGGAGAACUACGUAAGAUGCAUCCGCAACGACACCAAACUCGAAGACUGCAGCUCGUCCCGGGUUCCCAAACUGGGGCGUGGCCUUAGCAGCUCGAGCACUUUGGAAGUGACCGUCGCUGCGAACAAGCGACGAAUCGAGGAGUGCGAUGAACUUGAGGUCUUCUGA